AUGCCUGCACUUGCUGUGUCUUUUGUCUUCGUGACCUUAGCUCUUUUGCUAGCCGUCGUUCGCCGAGUCGUUGACCGUAAGGGCAUAAAGCAUGUCCAUGGACCUCCCUCGCCAUCCUUUUUAUGCGGGCACGAAGAGGCUUACGUUCGUCAAGAAGAGGCAUGCGACCUGGAGUUCAAGUGGAUGCGCGAAUAUGGCUACACGUGGCGCACUGGUGGUGCCUUUGGAACGGAUGUCCUGACGACUGUCGACCCGAAGGCCAUGCAGCACAUCAUGCAGAAGUCUGGCUAUAAUUAUACCAAGAAGACGACUAGCUUCCAUAUGUCGUGGCUUAUGUCCGGCCCCGGGAUAGUCUCCGUUUUGGGGAAAGAUCAUCAACGUCAUCGGAAGAUCAUGAACCCUGCGUUCAGUGCGGCUCACUUGCGAACGUUCUUGCCGCUUUUUCAACGGGUAGCCGGCAAGCUGUCUGAGAAAUGGAAGGCUGACUUGAUGGCCACGGGUGAAUUGAACACAAUGCUGAACACAUGGCUUUCUCGAGCCACACUUGACGUUAUCGGGGAGGCUGCGUUCGACUUUGAUUACAAUGCCCUCGAUGGUGGAGAGCGCAGCGCGAUUUCCAAAGGCUAUAAAGACAUCUUUAAGGACGUAGACUACCAGCUCGGCAAGCCGUCUAUCCUCUUCCGGGCAUCGUGGGAUUAUCUGCCUGUUCCCUUAUUGAAGGUCAUCAAAUACAUUCCGGCGCACCCGUGGACGCGCAUCCGAGACCUCAAUAACCUGUACAGGGAGUACGGGAGACAGAUUCUUCACGAGCAGGCUCCUGUUGUUGACGCCGAGAAGAAAGCAACCAGCAAAGACAUCAUGAGCAUCUUGAUCAAAGCGAACUCUUCCGAGAACCCGAAGAUGCGCAUGGACGACGAAGAAAUCAUCGCUGAGAUGUACACGUUGACGAUCGCGGGCCAUGAGACUACCUCGACUACUCUUACGUUCUUGCUCUAUGAACUUGCCAAGAACCAGGAGUACCAGGAUCGCAUGCGUCAGGAGAUCCGCAGCGUUCGCGCUCAAAUCACCGCUCGCGGUGGGAACCAGUUCACGAUCGAAGACCUGGACUCGCUGACACUGACAAUGAACGCCAUCAAGGAAACCCUUAGGAUGCACCCCAUCGUCGUCGGCCUUCACCAUGUGGCAGAGAAAGACGAUGCCAUACCCCUCGCAUACCCUGUCACGUCUACGACUGGCGAGGUCCUCUCCGAGAUUCCUGUCCGCGCCGGUCAGGUCGUUUUCCUCUCCUAUGCUGGAUACCAACGGCUUCCGGAGGUGUGGGGCGAUGAUGCAAACGUAUGGAACCCCGACCGCUUCUCCCGCCUCGAAACGGGGAAGCAAACCAAUGUCGGCGUGUUCGCAAACCUAAUGGCUUUCUCUGCUGGCGUUCGUGCGUGCAUCGGAUGGCGGUUCUCACUCAUCGAGAUGCAAGCUUUCCUCGCCGAGCUACUGGAUAAUUUCCAGUUUGACCUCCCUGCAGAGAAAGUGGAAAUACAACGCGCUCUUGCCGGAAUCGUUAUGUUCCCCAUGGUCAAGGGGAAGGAAAGCCUCGGUGGAGCGAUGCCUAUGCGUAUUUCGCUGGCACAGUGA